CAGUCAGUUACCAACUAAGCCUGCUUAGCGAACUCCCUAAAUAGUUACUAAGAAAAUAAAGGAUUCGGGACAUUCAGCAAUUUUAUUAACAAUAAUUCUAAAACGAAAAAAAUAGCUAAAACUAACAAUACACGGUGAUAAAAUUUUACCAGGACAUCAAAACUUUAUAAAACCAAGAAGUAUUUUUCGCUCUAUAGUAAACUAUAAUUUGAAUAUAAACACAAACAAAAAAUGGCUGACACAGCAAGCGAUAAUCCAAUUUAUGGACCCUUUUUCGGUGUGAUGGGGGCUGCCUCAGCCAUUAUAUUCAGUGCAUUGGGGGCUGCCUAUGGCACCGCUAAGUCCGGUACUGGUAUCGCUGCCAUGUCGGUGAUGAGACCCGAAUUGAUUAUGAAAUCGAUCAUUCCUGUAGUUAUGGCUGGUAUCAUUGCCAUUUACGGUCUGGUCGUCGCCGUACUCAUCGCUGGUGCCCUCGAAGAGCCUUCCAAAUAUUCACUAUAUAAAGGUUUCAUUCACCUGGGCGCUGGUUUGGCUGUCGGUUUUUCCGGUCUAGCCGCGGGUUUUGCGAUCGGAAUUGUGGGUGAUGCUGGUGUUAGAGGUACAGCUCAACAGCCUCGUCUCUUUGUCGGUAUGAUUUUGAUACUUAUUUUCGCUGAAGUACUGGGUCUAUAUGGUCUCAUUGUUGCCAUUUAUUUGUACACAAAAUAAAUAAAUUUAGCAAAAGAAAAGAAA